GAAGGAAGGGAGCGAAUUCUCUGCGAGGAGGAGGGAGCAAAUAGGGUAGUCUCGCAACUGCGCAUGCGUCGGCAGGAUUUGGCGCCAGCGUUUGUAUUUGGAGGAAGCGGCGGCGCCGUUCCUGAGGGGAAACAGAGGCUGGUUUCCAUAACAAUGGCAGUUAUGGUUAAGGAAAGCGCUGAUGCACCUACGAAGAAGCCAACUUUCUUUGAAAUAUACAAGGCACGAUGUGAUGAUUCAGACCUAGGGCCAAUAAGUCUUAACUGGUUUGAAGAACUCAGUUCAGAAGCUCCGCCUUAUGAUACUAAAUCAGAACGCCCUGAUCAGAAAACUAACAGUUUGGAUCAAACAAUUUUUAAAACACCAAAGGGGAAGCUGUCUACAAAUAAUUCAGCAGCAUCAACUCCAAUGAUAUUUAAAGAACAAAAUAAAGCUGGACUGUCAUGUACUCCUCUUAUAAAAGAAUUUUGUUACAGCAGCACAGAAACAGGUAAACAUUUCAGUGAAGUGGACCAGUCAAACGAAAUAGCAGAUACUUCCAAUGCCUAUUUCCUUUCAAGUCCAUCGGGUUUAAGAGAAGCAAGUGGAACACCACAGAACCAUAAAUGUGGGCUAAGCAGAAGUUUGCUCUCUACACCAAAGGUGUUUGAGGGAGAAACACCAAAAGGAAUUUCUGUGAGUUUGGGAGCAGAAGCGGAUUCUGAUAUGUCUUGGUCAAGCUCAUUAGCAACACCACCUACGCUUUCUCCAACGGUUAUAAUAGAUAGAGGAAAUUAUUCAAGUUCUGGAACAAAACAGCAUAAUGAAAGAACUGAGUCGGUUAUGUGCAGCCCUUUCUCCAAGUCUGGCAUAAGUCUGAAGAUAAACAGCACAAAUACUGAAUCCGCAACAAGAAUUGAGGAUGUAUGUGCAGAAGUUGACAGAAAAAAUCAUAAAAAUAUUUCAACUCCAGUGGCUAGUAAUGGCAGCGGACUCAUAAAGUCAGGUUUGAAAACUAUGAGUUCACUUUCCAGGUUGAAGAAACGACCCAAAAAAUUUAUUUAUACAAUAAAUAAUACUCCAGCUAACCAUGGAAAAGGAGCCAGUCUUGGAGAUGGAACUUCUACUUGGCUUAUGCCAAAGUCUUGUGUUUCUGAAGUUUCUGAAACAACCACUAGAUACACAGGAGAAACUGAAGAACUUUCAAGCUCUAAUGCUAUUGAAGAAACGCAACAAAUAGAGGCUGAUAGUUCUACAAAUAAUUUUCAUGAAACUUCGUGUAAUGAAAAUUUGAAAAUUGAAAGUAGUUUUACAGAGAUGCCAUCAAUAGCUCCACAAACAAAUAACAAAAAAGAAGCAGUUACUCUUCCCAGUCAUAUAGUUGCUAACGAACAAACAGAUUCAAGCGAAAAUAAGUUUCCUGGAAUUUGUCAAAUGGAGAAUUUAGAUAGAGACAGUACCUUAAACAAUGUUAGUCUCACCAAUUUAGAUUCAGUCCCAGCAGCCAUCCUUGAAGAAUCUGCCUCAGAAAAGGAAAACAAACAAAGAGCUUUGGAAUUAGCUGCACAACCUUCUUUAACAAGAGAUAUUCAAAUGUCUGACAAUAUGUGCUGGUCAAACAAAGAUCCCCAAAUGAUUAUAGAAGAAUUGUCAACACUUACAGAUUCACAAAACAAUAUAGACAGAGGACGGCUCCUGCUGGGUUUAAAAGAAAAUGAAAACAAUAGCAAGCAGAGGAAGUUAGAAUGUAGAUUGUACAGCGAAACCAAAAACUUUGGUGGCUUCAAAACAGCAUCAAACAAAGAGAUAAGACUAUCUGAUAACAAUAUUAGACAAGGCAAGUUGCUGUUCGGUGAUAUAGAAGAGCAGUAUCCUGAAGAUUUACCUAGCACUGGAGUGCAAAAUACUGCAAACAAGAGUGCACAUGAAAAUGCUACAGCUGCUUUAAUUGGGAGAAAUGUGUUGUAUGAAAAUUCAUGUGAUGCGUCACAUGUCUCCGAUUCAUUAAUGAACCUUAUUCAGUUUACUGAUAGCCAAAGUAGUUUUCAGAAUAAAUUUAAAAAACAGAAAAUUGAGGGAAAACAAAUUUUAACAGCAAGUCAAGAAGCUGAAGUUGCUGAGCUUUCUAAUAUACUGGAAGAAACAGGUAGUCAGUUUGAAUUUACACAGUUUAGGGAACACAAGACUGUGUUGCAUGAUGAUAUUUGCGAGGAAUCUGAAAGUAAUAUAAACUCUGAACUUUGGAAGGACAUUGAUUUUGAGGAAUCCUUUGACGAUAAAGUUCAAAGAAGUGACGGUCCAUCUUCUAAUAGCCCUGUGGGCCUAGAUAUACCUAUGAAAUCUAAGACACAGAACAACGAGGAGAAUACAUUGAUAAAAUCAUCAAGCAAAAAAGAUAUCCAACAUAUUCCAGUUCUUUCAGCAUCUUUGCAGUCUGGCCUUUGGGAUUAUAGUUCAGCUGAAGGGGAAAAGAUAAAUAUUUCUGCUGAGAUCAUAAACAAAAUUACAGAACCAGUCAGGGAUAGUGUGAACAAAAUGCUUAGUCCACAUAAAACGUGUCAAUUUACCUGUUCAAAUAGCUGCAAUGUUUUGUGGGAAAACAUCAACUAUAAGAAAGAAAGAAAUGAUUUGCAUCAGAGAGCUAAAGAAAGGAAUCUUGAAUAUAUGAUGAGAAGUAAUGCGAAAGAGAGGACUUUCUGUAUAAAAGAGCAUAUACAAAAUAAGUCUAAAUCUAUAGACUUGAAUAAAGUUGUUCAGAUUAUUAGCACUACAGAAAUUAACCUAAAAAUCGUCAAGAAAUACUCUGUCAAUGUGGCAGGAAAUGAAUUGUCCUGUACUGAAAAUCAUCGUAGUGCAUUAGGCGGACAUUGUUUUUCAGGCUGUGGAAGCACUCAGUAUAAUUACAAUGAGCAAGAAACAAUGUCAGAUCUGACAUGUUUAGCAGAAGUUGCUAAAAUUGAAAAAGAUUCUCCUUUUAGUAAUGCAGAAAGAAAAGAAAGCUUUAAUUCCAGCCAAGAAGUGGUAACAAAUAAUUCAGGAAGCAGCUGUUUACUACUGAAAGUUGACAGUGUUGCUGACGAGAACAUAGUUGCAGAAAAGAGUAAAAUGCUUCAUUUGCUGACUGAUUCCUGCUCAGUAGAAGAACUGGAUGGGAGAAUAGAUAUUGGCAGCAUAAAGGAAGCCAUUACUUCUGUGAAAAGAGAGACUGUAUCAAGCCAAAGUGAUAUAUUUGGCUCCCAUGAUCCAGAAAUGUAUGAAACUAGAAAAAUGCAAACGACUACAGUGGGAUUUCAGACAGCUAGUGGUAAGAAAAUUGCCAUUACUGAUGAAUCUUUAUUGAAGGCAAAGAAUCUUCUUUCAGAAGAAACUCCUUUCCUAGGGAAGGAAGAUGUUGUAGUUAACUCUAUCAAACCUAGCAUUCAGGCUUCAGUCAAGGAAGAACGGAAUGUGAAAGUGACCAAAGUGAAAAAAGAAUUUGGAAAAGAAAGUAAAAAACACCAAGAUUAUAUGCAUCCUAAAAGUCAUUUUGAAGAGUCUGUGGAUAUGGUGUCUAACAUUGAGAAUUUAAAAGCUAUUGAAGAGCCCUCUCUGGACAUUAAUUCAUUGGAGUCAGAUUUGAUAUGUUGUACUCAAAGAGAGGCCAUGCACACUGUAAAUGAAGACUCGUUAGCAAAGAACAGACUGGCACAAAUAUCAGGCAAAAAUGAUGUUUCAAAAACUAUUUCCAUUGACUCUGAUACAUGUCAGGAUUUGUACAUUAAGAAGUUAAAUACUUGUGCAAAGCAGGUUCUUGAGUAUUUGCCAUCUAGAAAUAAAAACAAUGCAUUAAUUGCUGGUACAAAAAAAGCCGACGAACCUUUGGAUCUGUCUUGCAAUACUACUGCAGAAGCUAAUUACAUAAGUACGCAUUCAGCACUGCACCAUUCUCAAGAUUCGAGCAGUGAGAAAAAAUCCCAGGAGUUUACUGGGAUUCCUGAAGAAGCAUCUUCAUCAAAAAUCCUUAUUUCAGAAAAUAUUUUUGGGGAAAUGUCAAAAAAUAAAAGUUGUGCUAUACGGACAUCUGACCAAAAAAAAUUGGAUGCUGACACAUUCCAGAAAUAUUCAGCUAGUGAAGAAGCAGGCUCUGCUUCAAACGUAUUGAAAGCUCAACCAGUUGCAUUCAGUACAGCAAGUGGUAAAGCUGUCAGAAUUUCAGAAAAAGCAUUGAAAAAGGUCAAACAAUUGUUUGAUGAAGACAGCUGUAAUUCCAUAAAGCAGAACAUAAACUCUCAGUCAAAAACCAGUGAACAUAACCUAGAAAGCUGCUCUAAUGCUUUGAGCAGCAGAAAGCAGGUUAGUACUUCUAAUCAUUUAGGUAUGGAAAAAGUUACUUUGAAAAACUCAGUUGCCUCUCAGUGUCUCACUGCUAAAGAAUACCAUGAAGAUGACCAUGCAUUGCAAUGUAUUGCAUCUGUGCCUUUGAACGUUGCGUCUGAAUCAAAUUAUCAGACUCCAUGUCUUCAAAUAAAUAAUGGGCCUGAAUCAAAGGCUUCUAACAAACUGAGUUGCAGCAAGUCAGAUUUUUCUAUAAAUAAUUGUGGUUUUUUCAGCACAGCAAGUGGAAAAGCUGUUCAGUUAUCUGAAGAGUCAUUGAAAAAAGCAAGACAGUUUUUUUCUGAAAUUGAAGAUGAUUCAUUGAGUCAUCAAACACAUGUAUCAGGUGGUGGUGACCAUUACUGUACAGCAUCUUCUGUCAGGAACAAAGCCAGCUCUAAAGAAAAUAAUCUUCUCAUGUCCCAAGGGAAAAUACUUUCAAAUGCAGAAGUAGAUUCAAAUAUUCCUUGUGGCUUUAGCACUGCAAGCGGAAAACAAGUGCAAAUCUCUCAAAAGGCUGUCCAGAGUGUUAUGGAGCUCUUCAAAGAAUUCAGUGAUGAUAUCAAUAGUAAUGACUUCGUUGAUCAACAGGGUUUGGAGCAAGGUGACGUUUCAUCUGUCAAAGAUGCUGAUAUAAAAGUGAAAAUGGACAAUAAAAUUGUGACUCAAUCUAAGCCGCAGCAUAGAUGUAAUGCUCUUCCUUUAGCUACAAAAAAUCUUGAUGAAAAAAGGAGCUCCCAAAACCCAUUAACCACUAAAAUAACCACAUGUGUGUGUGAUACUGAGAAAUGCAACCAUCUAGUUGAAUCAGAGAAAUGUUUUACAUAUUCAAGAGAAAUGGAACCUUUGAAGACCACUCAGAUGUGCCUCAGAAAAGCAGAAACAAAACAUUCAACACCAUGUGAUAUUCCAAAAAAAGGAAAUCUUUAUUCUCAUUGCCAUACUUACUCCCAGACUCCAGAAAGUUAUAUGGAAACGGAAGCUUCCGAAAGUGCCAGAGCGUUUAUGGAAGAUGAUGAUCUCACUGAUUCAGAAGUAGAGAAAAAUAAGAAAGGAUUUGCUCCUAAUUCUGAAAAAAAUAAUUUAUAUUUAUAUGCAAGAGCUGGAAAAAGAUGUAUGGAAAAAGAGAAUACAUUUGGAGAACCACCAAUUAAAAGAAAAUUGCUGCCCGAAUUUGAUCAGUCAGAAAGAUCAUCUUUGAAAGCCUCCAGAAGUUCAUUGGAUGGUACCAUGAAUGACAGAAAGACAAAUAUUUACGGUAUUCUUUUAAAGCCAGUCAAUUGUGACUCUCUUAGUUUUACCAAAGAAGUUAAGAAUCCAAAUUUUACCACUCCAGGCCGAGAUCUUAAAGGGUUUAAAUCAGACGGGUCUCAACAACAUGUUUCAAAACACUCUUCAAGUGCAUCAUCAAGUGUUUUUAAGCAAUUUAGUAAUACUUCUUAUGAAGAAGAAAGGAAGAAAGCAUGCAAUCCAACAGUAAAGACAACAACCAAAGUGUUUGUACCUCCUUUCAAAACAAAACCAAGUGCUUCUGAGAAUGAAAUGAACAGCAAAGAAUCUCACUUCCAAAGUAACAACAGUGUUAAUAGGGAGCUAAAUUAUACUAAGGUUCAUGAAACCCUCCUUCAACCAGAAAAGGAAAAUUAUGAAAAGAUAUCAGCACUGGAUUCAGAAUUUGGAGAAAAAGAUUCAGGUUUAACAAACAUUGCGAGCCUUCACUGUGCCAGGAAUUUGCAAGAAAUGAGGAUUCUGAAGAAACAGAAGCAAGUCAUUGGCCCACAGCCAGGCACCCUCUACCUCAUGAAAAUAUGUGCUACAUCUUGCAGAAUCCCCCUAAAAACAGCGGUGGAUGAGAAAUGUCCCGGUUCUUAUUUUAGUGAACAGUUGUAUGCAUUUGGUGUUUCCAAGCAGUGCCUAAAUGUUAACAGCAGCAACGCAGAACAUUUUCAGUUUCUUGUCCAGGAUUUUUUUGGUAGAGAGUGUUUCCUAGACGGAAAUGGAAUACAAUUGGCUGAUGGAGGAUAUCUUAUUCCCAAUGAUGAUGGAAAAGCAGGAAAAGAAGAAUUCUACAGGGCAUUGUGUGACACUCCUGGUGUAGAUCCAAAGCUGAUUUCCAAAGCCUGGGUUUACAACCAUUACAAGUGGAUCAUAUGGAAACUCGCAGCCAUGGAAGUUGCUUUUCCCCAGGAAUUUGCCAGCAAAUGUUUGACACCAGAAAGAGUACUACUUCAGCUAAAAUUCAGGUAUGAUGUGGAAGUUGACAAAAGUUGUCGAUCAGCUAUCAAAAGAAUCACUGAAAGAGAUGAUGUUGCUGCCAAAACCCUUGUCUUGUGCAUUUCAAGAAUCAUAUCAUUAAACUCAAACGUAUCUUGCACCUUUGGCAAUAAAAGCAUCACUGAGGAAAACAAAAAUGACAUGGCCGUGGUUGAGGUUACAGAUGGCUGGUAUGGGAUCAGGGCUGUUUUAGACCCCUCUCUUCAAUCAUUAUUGCAUAAACAGAAGUUGACUGUAGGCCAGAAGAUUGUCGUACAUGGAGCAGAACUUGUGGGGCCUCAGGAUGCAUGCUCUCCACUGGACGUGCCAGAAUCCCUCAUGCUAAAGAUUUCAGGGAACAGUACUCGACGUGCACGAUGGUAUUCCACGUUAGGAUAUUAUCGGGAUCCCCGUCCGUUUACGUUGCCUUUGUCAUCACUCUUCAGUGAUGGUGGGAUUGUUGGCUGCAUUGAUGUUGUUGUUCAAAGGAUUUACCCUACACAGUGGAUGGAAAAAACAUCAACAGGGUCCUAUAUGUUUCGCAACUGUCGAGCUGAAGAAAGAGAAGCUGCAAAGCAUACUGAGAACAAACAGAAGACUCUAGAAGCAUUGCUUGCAAAAAUACAAGCUGAAUUUGAAAAGAAUGAAGGUGAAGGCAAAAGAGUGCUGCGAUCCCGCACAUUAACCCGGCAACAGAUUCGCUCCCUGCAAGAUGGGGCAGAGCUUUACGAGGCCGUUCUUAAUGCUGCUGAUCCUGCUUACAUGGAGAGCUAUUUCAGUGAGGAGCAAUUAAAAGCUUUGAACAGCCACAGACAGAUGGUAAAUGACAAAAAAAGAGCCCAAAUAGAAGCAGAAUUCAAGAAGGCAGUGGAGUCGGCUGAGCAGGAUAAGUCCAAUUCCUGCAGAAGGGACAUAACUCCUGUAAUCAAAGUACGAAUCGUGGAUUACAGAAAAGAAGAAAAAGGAAAAGAAGUUAUACUGACCAUCUGGCGGCCAUCUUCACAUGUUUGUACCCUCCUCAAGGAAGGGUGCCGAUACAGAGUUUUCCAGGUAGCAGCCUCGCCCUCCAAAGGCCGGGCAGAGUCCACAAGCCUCCAACUCACAGCAACCAAGAAAACUCAGUAUCUGCAGCUGCCAGCAUCUCAAGAAGUUUUGUCCCAAGUUUACAGACCAAGGGAGUGCCUGAGGUUCAGUGAGCUACUGCUGGAGUCUUUCCAACCUGCUUGUUCUGAGGUGGACUUGGUGGGAUAUGUCGUUUCUCUCAGGAAAGGAACAGGUUUCUCUACAUUAGCGUACUUGUCUGAUAAAGCGCAUCACCUUAUAGCAGUCCACAUCUUUACAGACCUUAGGCAGUUUGCAGUUGAAGACAUAAUUGUUCCUUCUAUGUUGAUCUCUGCAACAAACCUUCAGUGGCGACCUAAAUUCUACUCAAAUAUCCCCAGUUUAUUUGCUGGAGAUCUCUCUACAUUCUCUUCAAAGCCAAAGGAAACUCAUCUUCAAGGAAUAUUUAAUGAGCUGAGAAAUAUUGUAGAGAGUGAUAGCUGCUUUCAGAAAGACGCAGAACACAAACUGGCAACUUUGCUCCAAAGAAAUGUUCCACAAGUGAUGAACUUGCCCAAAGAGCAUGACAUUGAUCCCUUUCCUUCUCCUUGGAGAUCUGAUGCAGGAAAUAAACAUUUGAUUUCAACUCCUAAUACAGAGCUAAGGCUUCCAAGCCCUCUGUCAAUCAAGAGGCCAAAUACAAAGCUACCAGGUUCUCUCUGCUCAACAAAAAUGAAAGCGGAUCUACAGGAAACUCCUAAGAACCUUAAGAAGAGAAAAGCAAUGGACCUGCUCAGUCAAGUCCCUUCCCCUCCACCAGUGAAGCCAAUUUGCACAUUUAUUUCUCCAUCUUUGAAAAGAGCAUUUCAGCCUCCUCGAAGUUCUGAUCCUCAACAUGAAAGAUCUGUGAAAAGAACUGAAUCUACGGUUAGACAACCUGGAGUGAAAAGACCAAAUGAGAGUACCUUUCAGCUUGAAAACUAUUUUGUUGCUGAUGAGGAGCUUGCCAUGAUAAAUACACAAGCUUUCUUAAGCAACACUACAGAAGAAAAAGAAGCUGGUUUUACAGAGAAAAUUGCACAUACAUCACACAGUGAUUCAUCCAAUGGUUUUUCUCUAAGGAACUUUUCUUAUCCUUCUGGAAAGGACAAGACUUGAGGGAUGAAGGACUUCCUACAGAGGAGACAAAUGAAACUUAAAAAUUUGCUAGCUGUGCAGAGGUUGCAAAAGUUAAGAAAUUAAAAAAUACUAGUAAAUGUACAUUUUAUAUGUUUUAAUAUUGAAAUUAAGUUUUUGCAUUUUGAACAUUGUAAAUGUUUGUACAGAUCCGUUAAGUAUAUUUUGCACAUGAUUCGACUCAAAAUAAAGCUCUUUGAGAAAGAAUGUUUGCACUAUCAAACAGAUUAAGGGAGCCUAACAUGAAUAAUUGUAAAUGUUAUGCUUUGCUGAAAUGUUACAGAAAUGUUGUCAGUUCAGCAGUGAUACUGAAUUUAACAAUUGUAAAGUAUUUUUUCAAAAUCCAGAAAUGUUCCAUUUUCCUGGAAGGAGAUGAU